AUGGAACCCCCCCUUGCGCCACCCAAGGUUCCCUUAAUCGGUCACUUGUGGGGAAUGUUUCGCCACGGAGGAGGCUAUUACAAGUUGCUCUGCUCCAAAUAUGGUUGUUGCUGGCCUCUGUUCUCCAUCCAAAUCUUCUCCACGGAAAUCUACGUCGUCAAUUCUCCUGAGCUCGCACAGGCCAUAUUCAGGGAUACAAAGGCUCUGUCGUUCAACCCAUUUGUCAUCGAAUUUACGAGACGGGUGAUGAAGGCGCGCGACCAUGUCAUGAACGUGAUCUCAGUAAAUGAUGGGGAGAACGAUCAUUUCGAUUCUAUUCAUCAUGUAACCCAACGCUCCUUCGCACACGUUCCUGCGGUCCUCGAGACAAAUCAACGCGUCUUAAAUGGCUUGGCUAGGUAUCUCAAUGGCGUCGAUACUUCCGGUCAAUUUGUACAACUAUUCGAUUGGAUUAGAAACGCCUACACUGUCGUGACUGCGGAGGCCCUCUACGGUAACGUCAACCCUAUCUCAGAGGAUCCGAAGCUCGUCAAGAACAUCUGGGACUUCGAAGGUGGAGUGAUGACAUUGUCUCUCAACCUCUUCCCCAGGCUCACUGCACCGGCUGCGUGGAAGGCCCGCAAGGCCCUUGUACCAGCUUUCAUUGACUACUACAAUCGAGGAUUGGAUCAGUAUGCAAAUUCAUGGAUCAAGAGUCGAGCACAGAUUGGUCGACAGGAUGGGUUCACGAACAAGGAUCUUGGAAGUUUUGAAUUGACCGUUCUCUAUACAUCCAUUGUAAACACGGUUCCGAACGCCUUCUCCAUGCUAUGCAGAAUUCUCCGCGAGCCCGCUCUUACUGCCAAGAUUUGCCACGAGGUAGAUUCCAUUAUAGGUCGUUUCAAUCAGGCCGACGGCACGGUGCGAGUCAGUCUCAACAUCGCAGAUAUCGUCAAGCAGUGCCCGAUCUUGGUAUCAACCUGGCAGGAGAACAUCAGAUUCACAGUUAACGCUACAUCUGUACGUGUCGUCAUGGAAGAUGUUGUGAUCAAGGACAAGUACCUGUUGAAGAAAGGUGGUAUCGUUCAGAUCUGCGGCGGAGCCAUUCAUGAGUCCACCAGAUACUGGGGUCAGGAUGCACUUACCUUCGAUCCAUACCGCUUCCUCGAGAACAAGGAUCAAAGUCGCGGAGUAAAGAAGGCUCGGUCUCAAGGCUUGCUUCCUUUCGGCGGCGGAAAGCAUCUCUGUCCUGGUCGCAAUCUGGCAUUCGUCGAGGUUGUCAGUUUCUUGGCUAUGUUGGUCGUGGGUUUCGAUAUUCGCAUGAAGGACGGUUCGUUGGUUCAACCACCUCCCUACAAGAAGCAAUAUGUGGGUGAGGCAUCGAAGAAGCCAGAGCAUGAUAUCGAGGUCAAGAUCACACGCAAGGAGGCUUAUAAGGAUGCGGUAUUUGAGUUCUGGGUUGAGUCUAGCGUCGAAGUCGAGGAGUCGAGCAUGGCUGAGCCUGGCAACGAUGAUCCUUUCCAAGGUCAACAACCUAACUUCGAGGGCCUGGGAUUCUCUCUUCAUUAA